AUGUGCGAAAUGAUGCUGCAGCCCUUCAUGAAGCCCUUCCGGGUCUUCUCGGAUGUCUCUUUGGCCGACUUCAAUGCCUUGCUCACGAAGGCGGAGGGUCGUGACAAGCUGGCACGUAUGUUCCAGUACUGUUCGCGAUGCAUCGUCGGAAGCGCAGCCUACUUGCAGCCGACAGCAGGGACGCUACUGGCCAAACUUGAGGGGAAUGCAAGGACAGUCAUGGUCCAAUUGGCAAGUGCACGGCGAACUCACCGAUGGUGCAAGGAGUUUCCGGUGAUACAGGGCCUGCCAGCGUGUUUCAAGAUAGAUGAUCCUGUCGACCGACUCUUUGAGCUACUGCAGAAGGCAUCCUUGGCCGCUUUUUUAAUGAUCGAUCACAUCGGCAUGCUGAAGCAGUGGAAGAUUCUGUCUGGUGGCAAAAGGGCCGGAACAGGAACGAUUCAGCUGGGAUUGAAGAUCUUUACCUUCUGCAACAUAGUUGGGUUUCUCUACCAGCUGAAAAAGAUCAAAGACAUAGGUUUGGAGGAAGAGAAGCGAGAUCAGUUGGCAAAGUGCUGGGAGACAGCAGUGAAGCAUGCCCUGAUAACAGUCCAGACCGCUCACUUGUCUCUGCUAUACCAAUCACACGACCUCAUUGUGGGCGUGUGCGGCAUAUUCAGCAGCAGCUUAGAUGUUUGUGCGCAACUUCCUGCAAAGCCUGCAGUGAAGGCAAAUGCAGACUCCAAGCCCUCGGGCAAAUGA